GUUGCCCCGGUGAGGGAACACGGAGGGCGCCAUAGCCACCGUAGUCGUGGCGACCAGGAAGCCCGGCAACAACAACAACAACCGCCCACCCUCCCUGCCUCAGCGCGAUUCCCGCCAAAAUCGAGAGAGAGCACGAUAGUCGCGACUCCGUCCCCGCCCCCCCCCUCAGGGGACGAGGCCUCGCGGGGCCGGGACGGUCCAGGAAGCAAAAAAGCCUUAUUUAUUAUCAUUUUCCCCACUGUUGGCAUGGCAACACAGGCUUAUGUUACCGAAUUACAGGCAGCCCAACAACAGUCACAACAGCAACAGUCUCAGCAACAGCCAGCAGCAACAGCAAAUACAACAACACCAGUGGUGGUGGCAGCAGCAACUCAACAACAAUAUGUGGCAGAAUUGCAAGGUGCCCAGCAGCAACAGCAGCAGUCAACUCCAAAACAGUAUGUCUCAGAAAUCCCAACUUCUCAGACACAGGCUCCACCCACUGGACAACAAACACCAACACCAGCCCCACAGCAGUACAUUGUAGUGACGGUUUCUGAAGGCUCCAUGAGGCCCAGUGACACCGUUUCGGAGUCCAGUCCAGGGUCUACAGCCACACAGUCAGGAGUGCCGACUCAGGUGGUUCAACAAGUCCAGGCUACUCAGCAGAGAUUAUUGGUUCAAGCCAGUGUACAAACAAAACCUGGAACAGUAUCUCCUUUGCAGCUUACAAGUGUGCAAGUUCCCCAACAGCGGCUCGUGGUACAGAAUACAUCACAAACUAGCAAAGGAGGAUCGAUAGCUUUAGCUGUUCAUGGUGUACAACAAGUCCACUCUUCACCUGAGGUGAGUGAUCAAAUAUUCAAAUUUGGCAGGUUUUGUGAAGUGUAUAUGUAGAUGUCCUGUUUGUUAUAUAUCAAAGAAGCUUGAGUUUGGUCUUCGCUGCCUUUUGGUGUUGCUCAUCCUCUCAUCUGUCUCCCAGUUCAGUC